AUGCCCUCAACACCAGCUAACAAGCGUGUCCGAGGAGUCUCAGUAUUCCGCCCAUUCAUCUUCGGCAGCGAAGCGCAACCAUUUGACCCCGAGAAGAGACCCGCCAACGCACCUCCAGACCACACUCACCAAUGGCGCGUUUUCGUAAAAGGCAUCAACGACGAAGACAUCUCCUACUGGCUGAAAAAAGUCCAAUUCAAACUGCACGAGACCUACGCACAAAACGUCCGCACAAUCGAAGCCCCGCCAUUCGAAGUCGUCGAAACAGGAUGGGGUGAAUUCGAGAUCCAAAUCAAACUAUACUUCGUUCCAGAGUCCAACGAAAAACCACAAACACUUUGGCACAGCCUAAAACUCCAUCCCUAUGGUCCUGAUGCGGAGGGAAUGAAAGAACGUCGCGAGGUCGUCAUCAGUCAGAAUUAUGAGGAAAUCAUCUUUAAUGAACCUGUUGAACCUUUCUACGAGGUUCUUACUGGUGGUGCGGCUGGUGCGGCCCCAAGGGCCAAGGGGAAGAAUUCUAAGCAAGGGGCUGGUCGCACAGCUGAGAUUCCGACUAGCGAUACACCGAAGAAUCCUUAUUCUAGAGUUACGGAGAAUAAGGAGCUUGAUCGCAUGGCUGAGGCGAUGAAAACGGUCGAUUCGAUGAUUAAAGAUGAGAAGGAUCGCCUUGUUGAGCGGGAGAAGACUCUGGCGGAGUUAAGGGAAAGUGAAGGGGUUCCUACUUCGACGAAGAAGAGGUGA